AUGCUUUUUGGAAGAAAUAAAGGUUGUAGGAGUGGCUGUAAGGAUGCAAGCAGACUUUACCCACCAGAAUUCUUCAAUAAAAAGUUGGAAUUUGAAUUUCAAGACUUUUCUUUUCAAAAUACUAGUGAAUUUAUAGGAAAAGGACAUUAUUCAUCAGUUUAUAAAUCGUACCUUUCAAACGGAACUGCAGUUGCGGUUAAAAAUUUGGUAACUUAUAGUAAAAAAUAUCUUGGCAAAGAAAUAAACACCUUAAAAGCAUUGCAAGACGUUCCAAACGUGCUCAGAUUUUACGGAUUCAUAGGAAAUGAAUCAUAUCCGACAAUUAUUUAUUCAUAUCAUCCUUCUUCAAAAUCCGGAUACAAUGGCAAUAUAACACUUGAAGAUUUCAGAUGGUGGCUUAAAACUACUCUAGAAACAUUAGCUGAUAUCCAUGAACAUGGAGUUAUUCAUCGUGAUUUAAGAUUAGCAAAUAUUUUAACUGAUUUCGAGAACAGAAAACUUGCUAUCGUUGAUUUUGGUCUCUCAGACUUUUACCGAAAAGGAGUUCCAAUGAAUCCAAGAGUUGGAUGUUUUCAUAUCACGGCUCCUGAACUAGCGAUCAAUGUUUCAAACUAUAACUGCGAAGUAGAUGUUUGGUCACUUGGCCUCUCAUGUUUAGAUAUAAUGAUAAAACUUAAAGAUCAUUGGAAUUCAAAGAAUGAUUAUAUGAUGAUUGAAAACCUCAUAAAAGCAUACGGAAGUGCUUCGUGGAAUGAAUUUGUUGGAAAAUACAAUCCAAUUUUCAAAACUAAUAGAAAAAUUUCGGGAAGUUUUUAUGAAUUUGGAAUGCCUGGAAAUAAUCAUUUAAUAACACCAGAUACAAUGGAUCUUGUAUCUAAAAUGCUGGAAUUGGAUCCUGCAAAGAGAAUUUCAGCUAGAGAAGCUUUAAAUCAUAAUUUUUUCAAAUGA